AUGACCCCUGGGCUAUCCCCUCCAGAGCAUCCCCGUUUAUUCAAAGGCAUUCCUAUCUAUAUCGGGGGCGUGCAGAGGCAAUAUAUGGGAUGGGGCAAGGUCGAUGUUUUUAAAGGAGGCAAGGAGGGGAAGGACUGGUCACUGUAUCAGCUGCAGGCAUCCACCGGAAAAGAAAGUGAUGGACGUGAUGACGGUAAUGACGGAAAACCGAAUGAACAUGCACUUACUGCCAGUGCUGCUGCCGACCACUACUGUAGUACGAUGCAAUCUCGGACGCCCAGGCUAAAUGCGAAUUCCGGAACGGCGGCGUCGGAGGGGACGGUUGUGUUGAAACUUGAGGAGACACCGAGUGAUGAUGACCUCGGUCAAGUCGUUGGUCAAACCGUUGCUCCCGCAACCCAACUGCUGUCAGGUGCCGCACCGAUCGAAGCCAAGUCACUGAGAGGGAAGAAUCAGACACCUGUGAAUGAUGAACUGAAUCCGUCGCGAGUAUCUACGUCCUCGCAACCUAAACAUGUUGGAGGCAGAAAAGGAAAGGGCGAAAGUAACCCAGAAGUCGUAGAUGCCAACGGUGCCGAAGCAACCUCCAAGUCGUACGAAGACCCAAAUCUCACUUGGAGUAAUGAAGGAGAGCCGGAGUUCGCCAUCGAGUGUGCCUACAACUACCGCUGCUGCUGUGAGGGGGAUGAGGGUGUCUGGAGAGGUGGUGGUGGUACGACCAGUGACCAGUGGUAG